UAAGCUUUGAAGCUUAAGGAUAUUGAUUUUUUGAAUUUCGAAGUCGAAACUACCUUCUCGAGUUGUAUAUCGUACUUUAUUUAUAUCUUGAUACCUAGCGAUUGUUAUUUCAGUUCUGGGGAUUGAUUUUAUUUGAAAAGAGAAAAGAAAGGAAGACGUUUUGUUUGUAUUGGAUUCGGAUUCAUUAGUUGUCAAUCCUUACGGAGUGUACUCGAGUAUAUUCUGGAUUCAAGAUUCAAAUCGCGAGAUUCAACUUCUCAAAUCUCAUCAAAAAGUAUCCAUCAAUUCACAAAUUCACAUCUCAGUUUUAUCAUGCUCCCUUUAAAACGCAUCCCAUAUCCUUUCCCUAAAUCCUCCGCCCCAAUAUCAUUCUCCUUCUCUCAUUCUCAUUCUCAUUCUCACUCCCAAAUACCAUCUCGAUAUCGUCAUUUCGCAAGUACACCUCCAAAUAAAGGUCAGAAUAGGAUAUACUCUCCGUACGUUCCUCCUUUCCCCUCCCUAUCAACCUCAACCUCAACCCCCAAUCCCACUCACCCCCACUAACCCCUCCCCUUCUAGCGUCCGCUACCCCUCCGACCUCACAACCUACAUCUCCCUCAGCACUUCCACCUCCAAACCCCUCCUCACCCUCUGGACCACCUCAUCCUGUUCCACCUGUCGCACAAUCUCCCCACUCCUACACGAAAUUAUAGAGAAUGGGACUGGGGAGAAAGAAGGAGGAAUAUUGUAUACGGAGGUCGAAUUUGAUGCGCCGGAUUUGUUGAGAGAGGGUCUCGGAUUGAGGUAUUUGGUUAGGAGUGUCCUGAGUUUGGUGGUUUUGGAGGGGAGGUGGGUGGAGAGGGAUGGGGGAUUGGUGGUGGGAUGGAGGGAGGAGGGAAAGAGGGAGGUUGAAUGAUGGAUUAGGAGGAGGAAGGAGGGCUUGGAAGAGUGGGGGGGUGGCGAGGAGGGGAGGAGUGGAGGG